AUGGGGCCAGUCCUGGCUCGCUAUGGCUUCUCACCGGACAAGAAGGGAAGCACGGAGAUCAGGGCUGUCAUUGCCGACCUGGCCAAUCAGAACAAGGAGAUCAGGCUCAUGAACACCGAGAUUCAGAAGACGCUGGGCUGGAAGGUGUUGGUGUCCCUAGCUUGGUGGACGCCUGACAGGCGCUGUAUGUUCUGGCCAAGGAUUGUGAUCAGCAACUUUCCUGAGCUUAAAGGCGACAAGGCAGAGUGCGCGGGCAUGCUAGCGGCUGGCGUGCAAGCAGAGCCAACAGCCUUUGCGGGAGGUUUCGCCCCAGCAGAAAGAGCAGAAAGGGCCACCUGCGAGCACAAACGCCAGCACAGCUCCCCCAUCGGCCGAUGA